AUGAUGGCCACCAAGCUGAUCCAAGACAACUUUGAUGUCAAUACCAACAAGACUUGUUUCCUGUUCAUCUCUAUGGUACACAUCAUCUUCAUCGUGGUACUAAUCUCGUCGUAUGGUAAAGAGUUCUUGAAACGAUGUAAAAGAACUGUAACUCAGUAUGCCUUCGUAUGUAUUGGAGAAAAGCUGGUCACUAUCGCUUUCUACUGUGCUUAUGAAUACCUAAAGUACAAGAACAUUGACAACGAUCUAGAUCCUAGUAUCUUUGCAGUUAUAGUCAGGGUAGUUGCUCAUAUAUCAUUGUCAAUUGCGUUGAUAGGUGAGGUAGCUACUACAACACGGAAACGACUAUUGGUUCUACCUUGCUGUAUAGUACUCUUUAUAGUACAGUAUACUGGUGUGCACAUAAUGUUUAACACGGAAGUCAAAGGUAAAUAUUUUAAAUAUAUGUUAAGUAUAUAUUAUAGUAUUUUAUGCAUUACACAGUUAUUUACUGCUAUUUGGAAGUAAUUUUUAAAUUACUGAUAAAGGUUAUUGUUAUUUUGACAAAAGAUGACAUAUUUUCUCAAUAAUGUCAUUUUUUACAUUGUAAGUGGUGACACACCUUAUGAAUGCAAUGUAAUAACUAAUGCCCUUUUCAGAAGUAAUACCUGACCAAGAAGCUUUUGUUGUAAUUACAUCUACAUCCGUCUUCAACAUGACGCUCCUCAUCGUAUUCUGCUUUUACAUUGGCUUCGUGGCCGAGAAGACAAAAAGUGUAAGUGCUUAUAUAUAGAUGUUGCACCUACUUCCUAAGGUUACAAUUCUUACAUAGGCCAUCUUAGAGUAGUAUUUUGACAACAAUAUUCAAAUAUUCAAAAUUACUUUAGAAUUUAAAUUUUCAAUAUUACUUUAAAUAACAAUUUUUUAUAAUAAAUAAAUUUAAAAUUAAGCCUAAAUGAAAAAUAGUUACCAUUUUAUAAUAAGUUCAAGUUCAAAGAGUUCAAAAUUUCAAGUAAAUUACAAAUUAGCCUAACAAUAAGACGAGACCUCCUUAAGACUUUAAUGACAAGAUAUGGUUUCAGGUGAACAAGAUCCUCGGAUUCCACGCCAUCGUAGACAUCCUCUACAACUUCUUAAUCCAAAGCCUCUUGGCCACCAAUUAUGUUGUCUACCCCAGUGCCCUAAUCCUAGUUAACUAUGCGAAGGACCUGUUCUUCUUGUUCGUCUACGUGGUCAGAGUUAUGAAUGCCUCCAUCGUGGAGGUCGGAGACUCUGACACCAUCUCUACGAUAUCUAUAGAAGACGUCGAAAUUGUGAUCGACAGUCCACGAUCCGAUGUUCAGAUGGUCAAAUACUAA